UGAACGCGCGGCGACAAAGUAACUAGCGCUCGAUGGGAGUGUUUGAAGAGAAGUUGAACUAUAAUCGAGCAAGUCUGAGGACUGUAGAGUUUUAAAUGUUCUUUAUCUAUUUGUAUCCGAAACCUUUGAUUUUUAGGAUUUGAACUUAUUUUAAACGUUUUGCUUUUCAACUGCUACCGCAAAGGAUUUGGUUUUUAUUUCACGAAUGGAGUUGGCUCGUCAUGCCCCCUGCAUUGUUCUGCGGGGGACAGUAACGCGGAGUAUGUAAAGUUUAAAAACCAGACGCCGUUUUCAUAUGCAGACUAUCUCUUGGAUUUAACUUGAGAGGGAAUUUUAGUCUAGCGUUCAUCCAAAAUGGAUAUUACAGUGUCUGAGUUGAUGUCUAACUUCAUGGAUUCGCCGCUUGUGGUUUGGGUCAAGACAUUUGGACCGCUCGGGUCUGGUUCUGAGGACAAGCUUUCCAUGUUCAUGGACUUAGUGGAUGGUGUCUUCCUCCAUAAGAUCAUGACACAAAUAGACCCAAGCCCCAUGAAUCAGCGGGUGAACAAACACGUCAACAAUGAUGUCAACCUGAGAAUACAGAACCUUAACACUGUCAUCCGACACAUCAAAAACUACUACCAGGAGCAUCUUCAACAACUCAUUCUCAUGAACCUGCCCAAUGUUCUGGCCAUCGCCAAGGACCCUCUUUCAGGUAACAGUAUGGAGGAGAUGAAGAGACUCCUGUUGCUCAUAUUGGGCUGUGCAGUUCAGUGUGAACGUAAAGAAGAAAUCAUCGAGAAGAUCAAACUGUUGGAUAUCGAGACGCAGGCUGCCAUAGUGACCCAUAUUCAAGAAGUCACCCACAACCAGGAGAACGUCCUGGACCUUCAGUGGCUGGAUGAAGGAGAGAUGCCCGUUGAGCAGCUCGACCCUCUAUCUCGCACAAUGGCCUUUCAUCUUCGCAAACUCAUAGACGAGCGAGACGACUCUGCGGAUGUGAUCAUAGAGCUGACGCAGGAAAGGGACUAUCUCCAGUCCCAGCAACCUUCCAAUCUCUUGGGCUUCCCCAGUCCUGAACACAACGCCCUGUCCCCCGUCACCCUGCUGUCCAAAGAGGAUCGGCAGCAUUUAGCUGUGGAGCUGGCCGACACAAAGGCCAAACUGCGCCGAUCACGCCAAGAACUAGAAGAAAAGACCGAACAGCUGAUAGAUGCCAAGAACGAGGUUGAGCGCCUGGAUGCAGAGAUUCAGAAACUCAAGCAGGAGAACAUGCAGUUGUUGGCAGAGGCACGUUCAGUGCGGGCGUACCGUGAUGAGGUGGAUGCUUUGAGGGAGCGUGCUGGGAAAGUGGACCGACUAGAAAACGAGCUGGCUCGCUGCAAAGAGAGGCUAAAUGACGUGCACUUCUACAAGACCCGCAUAGAGGAAAUGAGAGAGGAUAAUUUGACCCUGAUGGAGACAAAGUCCAUGCUGGAGCAGCAGCUUACUGCAGCCAGGGGGCGCUGUGACAAAUUACACGAGCUGGAAAAGGAAAACCUCCAGCUACGCUCUAAAUUGCACGAUAUGGAGAUUGACAGGGACAGCGAUAAGAAACGUCUGGAGGAGUUGCUGGAGGAGAACAUGUUGUUGGAAAUCUCUCAGAAACAGAGCAUGAAUGAGUCCACUCACCUUGGCUGGGAACUGGAGCAACUGGCCAAGAACAAUGAGGUCAAUGAGGCCCGUAAGUCUUUUGUGUUUGAGCUGAAUGAGUCGGCAUCCAGUCGCCUGUUAAAGCUGGAGAAGGAGAACCAAUGUCUUCAGAGCACCAUCCAGGAGCUGAGAGAGGCCUCUGUUAAUAUGGAGGAGAGUCAACUGCAUGCUGCAGAGCUGGAGGAAGAGAACCAGAGCCUUGGCAAGAAGUUGGAACGCCUGCAAUCCCAGUUGGAACAGGAGAAACAAACAACUCAAGACAUGGAGAACCUGGGAGAAGAGCUGCUAAAGGAGAAACGGAGGCUGGUGAAAUCACUGGAAAUGCUGCAGGGAGAAAAAGACAAACAGAUCUCGGAGCUGGAACAGGAGAAGGAGCACCUGACACAGGCGGUGAGCUCCCUCCGAAAACGUGCUCAAGUCAACAGCGAGGCUCGUGUGAGGGAGGUGGAGACGGAGAACCGCGUUCUCCAUCAAACCAUCUCAGAAACAGGCGGUAAACUGGCUCGACUGGAGGCUGAGAAACGACAGGCGACUACGGAGCUGGAAUCUCUCCGUGAACGAGGAGAGCGCUGCGAGGAGCUGGAGAGGGAGUUAGCACGUAUGGAGCGAGUCCGUGAGCAGCUCCAGCGAGAAACUGCCUCCCUGAAGAUUGUUAGUGAGCGCGCGGAGACGUUGGAACGUGAGAACGCUACGCUAGCGCAAGACAACCGACGACUCAAGAAGUUAGCCGACACGGCUCAGAACACCAGCUUGCGAUUGGCUGUUUUAGAGAAAGACCGUCACCAACUUGAAGAGGAGAACCUGGAGCAGCGGCGAGCCCUGGAGACCCUGCGGCCAGCCGCCACUCGCCUGGCUCAGCUCCAGCAGGAACAUGCCGAGCUGGAGCGGGAACGUGAGGAGAUGAGUCGCACCCUGGAGGAGCUUCGCUCCCAAGCCAAGAGGUGCGAAAGGUUAGAGAUGAACUGCAACGACCUGAAUCAAGAAAACCAACGGCUCCAGCAGACCCUGGACAACAGCACUACAAAGAUUCAGAGUCUGGAUAGUGAGCUGAGACAGAACGAGACCGAGAUGAAGGAUUUGAAGCGAGAGCUGAAUGGACUGAGACAGGCGGCGAUGCGCGCCGAGAUUGUGGAGAAAGAAAAGCGAGGAAUGGAGCAGGAACUGAGCCAGGUGGAGAAGGAGAGGAAGCAGCUGGAGAAGGAGACGCGUAGGUUGAGGCAGCAGUUGGAGGUGAAGGAGGCGGCUCUGGAGGAGAACUGCCUCAGAUUGGCCAGCAUGGAGAAAGAAGGCACGGCUCUUAACAAAGAGCUGAACCAUUUUAAAGAGACAGCAGGGAGAGUCAAAGAGCUGGAGAGAGAGAACAAAGACCUGCAGAAACAGGCCACCAUAGAUAAGAAGACUCUGGCCAUGCUUCGAGAGGAGCUGGUGAAUGAGAAGUUGAGGGUGCAGCAGCAGUGUAAUGAACUGGAGAAGCUGAGCCACGAAUUGGAGAAGAUCGGCCUGAACCGAGAGAAACUUUUACAGGAAGAGCACAGCUGUGAGGACAAUAAAUACAAGAUCCUAGAGACGAAGAUCGAGUCAGCACUGAAGAAGACUCUGGAGCUGAGAGAAGAGAAGAUCCAGAGCCUGGAGUCUCGUCUGGAGGAGAGCAGCAGCUUGAACCAGCAGCUCCGCACUGAGCUCACUACAAUAAAGAAGAGCCUGGAGGCCCUCAGACAAAGGCAAGAAGAAGAGUCGGCUCACUCUGAGAUCUCCCAGCAGACUUUGGGGCAGACCAGAUCGGGCUCAAACAAAGAGAAGUGGGAGACGGAGCAGAGGGAGGCCACGGCUGAGCUGCUCAAACUGAAAGACAGAUUUAUUGAUGUUGAGAAGAACAAUGCAGCACUGCAGACAGAGAAGCAUCUUCUGAAGGAGCAACUAAAGCAGUUGAAUUCCCAGAAUGCACAGCUCAACGCACAAACACUAGCUCUGCAGAAACAGGCAGCAUCUCUACAAGAGCAAAACACGUGUCUUCAUAAAGAAACCGCUAAACUACAGGUGGAAAACUCAACACUAAGCUCCCAAAGCUCAUCUUUAAUGGCUCAAUAUGGAGCUUUACAGGCCCAGCUACAGACUCUAGAAUCUGAGGCCGAGUCUCUUCAGAAACAGCGGGAGGAAGCGUGUGCGGCCCGGAACCGAGUCACGCAGGACCAUGAGCGCCUGCUCGGCGUGCACGAGAGACAGGCGACAGAGUAUGAGCAGCUCAUCUCCCAACACACGGCCUUGAAGAGCAGCCAGAGAGCUCUGGAGCAAGAACAUCGCACACUGGAGAACAAGUAUAUGGUUCUCCUGAAGCAGAAGGACGCUAUGGAGGCACUUGAGGCUUCUCUGCAAACAGAGAGGGAGAGUUUGGGAGAGGAAAUUCACAAGAACGCUCUUAUGCUGGGGGAGAACCACAGUUUGAGAGAAGAGAUGAACAGGGUGACGCGUACACACGUGCAGCUGAGGCAGGAGUACGACAGUCUACAACUGCAGACCAAAGAGCUGAAGACGUCUCUAAAUGAAUCUCAGCUGGAACUGAACCGCUGGCAGGCACGUUUUGACCAGCUGAAGGAGCAGCAUCAGGGCCUGGACAUCUCCAUGACCAAACUAGACAACCACUGUGAGCUGCUAACCCGUCUGAAAGGAAACUUGGAAGAGGAAAACCAUCAUCUUCUCAGUCAGAUCCAGAUGCUGAGCCAGCAAAACCAGACUCUGCUGGAGAGAACCAUGGAGAGCAAAGAACUCUACCAUGAAGAACAGAAACAAUACAUUGAUAAGCUGAACUCUUUACGACGACAGAAAGAGAAGCUGGAGGAGAAAAUCAUGGACCAGUACAAGUUUUAUGACCCAACUCCUAAAAAGAGCCGGCACUGGGCAGGAGCUAAAGCAAUUGCAAAACUGAUCAAACCUAAGAAAGAAAAUUCUCGUGAGAAGGUCGACGGCCCUCGGGAGAGGAUACGGAGCGCCCCGGAUAUCCCUCUCCCGGAGAUCCCUACAUGUGACUUUCCUGAGAGUGCCCCACUCCCUCCACCACUUCCCCCCAGACAGACGCGCCUCAGCGUGGAGUCAAUGAACAGUCACUCCACAGAAGAGAAUCAUGCUCGAUCUCCCACACUCGCACCUGCACACAACGGACGAGUGAACGACAGUGGAGGGUCCAGAGGCAGAGAGGCCUAUCGCUCCAUUACGGAGACAAUGAACGGGCAUGAGGAGCUGAACCGGUGGAGGGGCCGAGAGCCAGGAGCCACCUGCUCAACUCCACUGAGCCGUCACUCCCACAAUGCAUCAGGCUUCACCUCGUCGUCUUCUAGUUUGCGACCAGGACGCAGACCGAAGGGGUUAGUCCCAGAGGAAGUGUCGGGCCAUCGUUCCCCAGAUGCUGGCUUUGGGAUUGGUGUCCAUGGAAACACAGGCCACCGGCCCAGUUCUGCCGAAUUCAGCCGCAACACCUCCAACAGCGGUUCUCCCAUCAGCUCCAAGGGUUCUCUCGACUGCCUGCAGGGCCGGUCUGCCAGUCUAUCAAGCGAUGAUGUCGUUGGAUUAAGUCACGAAGGCUCGCGUCUCAGCCAGACGUCACUGAUUCCUCGUAGCUCGACCCUUCCUUGUGAUAAUCCAUCUGCUCAACGCUCUUCCCUGCGCCCUGCUUCUCAUCGGCCGGCUUCCCCUGGCAGCGAGAUGGUUUCCCUUGAGGAGUUCCUGCAGGAAAGUAAUACACUGUCCCCGCCCACUGUGCACACAGGAAGUAGUGAAGAUCUGAUGACUGACUUUUUUGCCAGAUCUACUCGAUCAGCCUCUUUGCGAGAUGGCACCAAAACCCCUACCAGUUAUGUCACACCAACCAUCAAGACCACUCCCGAACAAGACGGUUGGUCUCCCAAACCCGGACACAGCGUCAAACCGAACGUGCGACUCAACGAAACCUCCGCGCCCCCUUCCCAUUCGCAAACCCUUCCCAACAGAGGAGCCGGCCACCGGCCCUCACCUCUGCACCAGUCAAGUCCUCGUGGAGGGGUGGGCAGCGGCAGUAGCUUGAGCCGGACUUUCAGUCUGGCCUCUGCAGACCUUCUACACUCCAACGGGCCGGACAGCUACCGCGCCGAUGCCGGAUCUCCCAGCCAGAACGAUGUGGUGCUGAGGAGAUCUGGUGCAGUGGCCAGAGAGAGACCAAUGUCUGCUAGGAUGGCUGGGGACCCAGGGCACCUCUCUGUGGACCCCAGGCGUCUCUCUCUCGCUCCCCCUAGAGACGAGUCUUUGAUGAGUCCGCCCGCGCUGCACUCUUCUUCCGUGUCCAUGCAGGCAGAACGGGAAUACGUAGAGAGCAGAGUUAGCCGCGCCGGAGGGGUCCACUCUGGGUCUGCGCAAUCCCGGCCAUCCCCCCACCGUGGCGAAGUUGCCAUGGUGACUCCAGUACGAGCCGUAUCAGCUUUGAGGCUUAAGGACUUGGAGGAGGAGCCUCAGGAACUGAGGCAGGCCGACUCGCCUGUGCUGAAGACAGCAGACACUGCAAAUGUGAGCUACGGCGCUAAGGAGCAAGCCACCAGCAAACCCGCUUCCCCGGACCCCAACAAUGAUCCUCAGACUGUGUGGUAUGAGUACGGCUGUGUGUAGAACACUUUGAUAUAUAAAACUGCAGCCCCAGAUGGCUUCCCUAAACCAUUUCUAAGUAUGCCUCAGUUGGCACCGGGUCCGUUUGUGGGACUUCCACCCCGAUCAGAAAAGGAAUGUAUUAGGCACUUGAAUGUAUCCCCCCAGUUUCUGACUUAAUGGAACACCAUUGAUUUCCGUACUUCUCUGCCUCUUCACAACAAGCCUGUCACUAUUCUAUUCUGAAUGCUAAAAACAAAGGUUGGGCUGUGUGCUAGCAGCCACUCCCAGUGUAAUUACGGAGUAGCGACUGCAUCAAUCUUUAGGAGGCACAGCACAGCUGCUGGUCCAUCACGAGAGCCUCGCUAGGACCCAUUACAGGAAACGGGCUCUGUUUCACUCGCUCCCUGCUGACAUACCAAACAAGCUGCUCUUUUCUGCUUCUUGAGGGUGACCAUCUUAUUUGCUAUGGGACCUGGGUUUGGCUCGGGCUCCGCUCAGAAGCAUGCCAGAUGACAACACAGAGCCAGAAACACAAGAGACUGUUGGACAAGAGGAUAAACGUGCACAGAAUAGAUGUUCUUCUUACCUUUUGUGUUUUAGGGGGGAAAAUUUUUAGGGAGUCUGAGUUUGAAUCCUAGCACUGGACACGGUUUUACACAAGCAUUUAAGAGUCAACUAAUUCAAUUUUUUGUUUUGUUUUCUUUAACACUCUGUUUUGUAACACUGCACAACUGUUCUAAUGAUUUUAUUUAUUCAUGUCUUUGGGGCGUUUAAAUGACACUUGUGUGCGUGUUUUUUCCGUUUUGGUUUGUGUGUGUGUGUGUCUUUGCCUCACUUCCCCAAAUUCCCUUGUUUGGAGGAUGAUGGUGUGUUUGUAUAUAAUAAUUAACCUGAUGAUGAUAAACACUGGAAAACUUUGUCUAGCCCGAUUUAGCUUAUUCUUGAUGUUCCUCAUUAAUCAUCAUAGAAAUCCUGUCUACCAACCUCAUGUCCGACGUUCACUGUCAGUGGUGCUUUUCUGGCUCAUGUCACCAGCUUCAGCUUCUUAAGGUCUGCUGGGACGGACAAGGGUGAACACCAAAGGAGAUGGUUGUGGAUCUUCAUAAAAAUAUGUUUGGAUCAAGCAUUCCCACUGGGUAUGUGAAUAUAAAGUGUAUGGUUGAAUGUGCACAGCUACUGGUAAAAUUGCUUUUAGAUGAAAUACUUGUUUCUCACACUACUGCACAUGGAUCAAGAUGAAUAAUAAUAUGGUGUGUUUGAUUUGGGAACUUAAACCUUUUACAUGUAAGGAAUAAUGUAAAGUUUGUGAAUGAAAGUCUGUUUAGAGAAAGCUGUUGUCCAAAAACUUUGUAAUAAAGAUGUGUAAGCUUUGUUUAAUAAAAGCAUUGGCAUGCGCUUUGCCAAUCUAUG